AUGGAGGCUUCAGAAGCUACCCACCCCACCCCGUCUGCCAGCAACCAGUCAGCUCCUGCUCCUGGUGUUCCCGGGGGCCCAGGUGGGCAGGCCUCACCUCGCCUGACCCUGGGUCCGGUCAUCCUGCCGCCAGAGCAGGGACUGCCCCCAACUGUGUUCCUAAAGGCCUUGCCUGUCCCACUGUACCACACGGUACCUCCCGGGGGCCUCCAACCACGUGCGCCCCUGGUGACAGGCAGCCUGGAGGGGGCCAGUGUGCCCUUCAUCCUCAGCCCCUUGCUGCAGUCUGAAGGGCUCAGUCCCACCCAGAUGGGCAAGCCAGCCACCCCAGCGCUGACCGUGAACAUCGUGGGCACACUGCCUGUACUCUCCCCGGGUGUGGGGUCCACACUGGUCAGCUCGGGCAGGCUGAAGAAUGCUGGGAAGUACCUGUGCCCCCACUGUGGCCGGGACUGCUUGAAGCCCAGUGUGCUGGAGAAACACAUCCGGUCCCACACGGGCGAGAGACCUUUUCCAUGCACCACCUGUGGCAUCGCCUUUAAGACCCAGAGCAACCUUUAUAAACACAGACGAACACAGACACAUCUCAACAAUUCUCGGCUGUCUUUAGAGUCUGAGGGGAGUGGGAGCAGCCUUCUGGGGGAUGGAGACAGGCCUGGAGAGCCAGCCUCACUGGAUAGCAGGGGAGACGAAGGAGCGCCAGAGAGCGCUCUUUCCCCUGGUGCCCACCCCACACUCCCUUCUAGGAACAGGGAAAGGAUGGUAGAAGCGGCUCCCUCUCUAGGGGCCAACCUUGCCCCCAAGGAGGCUCCUGUGGACCAGACUCCACCCGAGUUUCCACUAGUCAGCCCGCAGCCUAGGCGGAAGUUGCCAGAAUCAAAGCCAUCCUCCCUGCAGAGACAGCAGGAGACAUGCUCAGAGAAGCCCUGGGACUCCAAGGCCGUAGAGGGCCAGCUGAGGAAGUGUGAGAGCACAGACUCGGGCUACCUGUCCCGCUCAGACAGCGUGGAGCAGCCUCCCGUUGCCUCCAGCCCCUUGCACAGUCUGUCGGAGCACAGUGCAGAGUCUGAGGGGGAAGGAGGGUCUGGGAGCGGGUCUGCAGGGAACAGGGCAGAGCAGGGAGCACCAGGAUCCAGCCUGGAGCUGGAGAAGAAGAGACUGGAGGAACGCAUUGCCCAGCUCAUCUCCCACAACCAGGCGGUGGUAGACGACCCGCAGCUGGACCACGUGCGGCCCCGCAAGACUGUGCUAUCCAAGCAGGGCAGCAUUGAUCUGCCCAUGCCGUAUACCUACAAGGAUUCCUUCCACUUUGACAUCCGGGCACUGGAGCCCAACCGCAGGAGGGCUGCCCUCGGCCCAGCUCGUUCUACCUUCACGCCCCUGGAGAAGGCCAGACCCCUCUUCUUCCACUCCGUUCCCACCCAGCUCUCCACCACGGUGGAGUGUGUCCCUGUCACCAGAAGCAACUCGCUACCUUUCUUUGAGGGUUCUAAGUUGUGGCCAGAGUCACGGGACCCACAGGAUGCCUUCCCUUUGAUGCAGAAGUCCCUGAGCCCCAGGCUCACCCCAGCCCGGCUGGGAGACCGCCCAGGACUGACCUUGGCAGGCAUCCCCAGUGGUCACCCUCGGGCCCUGGUGAGGCAGGCUGCCGUGGAGGAUCUGCCCUGCACCCCUACUGGAGACCCCUCAGCUGUUGCCAUAGACCCAGAUGGAAAGAGAUCUGUGGUAAAGGAGGGGAUGGCGUGCAGGGGCAGGGCCAGUAGGAAGUACAGCCAGAAGAAACAAAAGAUGUUCUCUCAGGAGAAAUGGCAGGUGUACGGGAAUGAGACGUUCAAGAGAAUAUACCAGAAAAUGAAGACCAGCCACCAGGGAGGACAGAAACACAGGGACGUGAAGCAGGGCCAGGGGUCGGAACUGGACCUGCCCUCGCAGGAAGAGGUAGUAGGGGCUGAGGGUGCAGGCCUGUCUCAGGACAACAGGGUCCCUGUCCUUGGGGAUGCUACAGUAGGGGCAAAGCCAGGACCUUGGGGAAGUAGGCCAUCCCUGGAAGGCUCAUUGGAGACUGAGUUUCCUAAGCAACUGAAGGCAGUGGCCAGAGCCAAGUCGUCUCCCACCAUUGGCAGCACAGACAUCCUUUGUCUGAAUAAUAAGAGUCCUCUGCUCUCUCCACAUGGGAAAUCAGACGUGGGAAGCCAGUUGCCUCCAGAGCCUGUGCGUCUCCAAGGAAGAGACUUAAAAGCCCCUGGGGUGGCUUUGCCAGACCGCAGUGGGGAAGUUACAAAAGAAACUUGCCCUGGGGACCAAACUAUCCUCAGACAGCCCAGUGGUGGGUCUGUGGGCCUCCAACUUGUAGAAGACAAGUUACCCUCAGAGAGAAAGAGACUGAAGGUGGAGGGGCUGGACCACCAGGAGCAACCAGGGCCUCUGGAAACUGAGCCCUCAGGUAGCUCUGUGCCAGCUGAUUCCCAGCCACCCCAGAAACAGGACAGUACCUCUGAGGAGGUCCUGAAUAGCUCAAAAGAGGGUAUCCAGCAUGUGACAAUGGCCCUGGAGUCUUCUCAUGCCUCCUCAGCUGUUUCUGCUGCUGCCUUGAGGUGGCCAGGGCUAGGGGACAAAGAUCCCUCAUUGCCUUCUGUACCCAGGACUCCUGGGCUCCACUCCCUGCUGGCUGCCCAGCUCCAGGAUCCUGGUGUCCCUGCUGCUGUGCCAAGUGGCUCCUUUGCUCCCAAGUACCUGCUCAGGUUACCUCAGGGAGAGAAGCCCUCACCACAAGUUGCUCCAGGGCCUGGGAAAAGUCCAGACUCUCUGUGUACAAGUGCACAGCCUGAAGAACAGUCCCUUCUUGCUGAAUCAGAAUUGGGAGUGAAUGGGCCACCUAGAGCAUCCUCAGACCCAGCUGAGGCAGGUGGUAGCCCAGAGGACCCUAGCUGGUCCAGGUCAAUGGAUGGAAGAGAAGAAACACAGACAGGAAGAGAGAAAAGAGACAGGACCAAUAGCAGCAUCCCCACAGCUGAACUCUCUUCUGCCAACACUGGCGCCACCCAGGAGACAGCCUCCAUCUCGCCUGCUCACACAUGUGACACUCAUGUGACCAAGGAUGUAGUGAAUGAGACCCGUGCCAUCUACUGCCUUUGCAUAGACAGCCCACCAGCAAAAGCUAAAAUAUAUGACAAUCUCUUGAACCCUUGGACAUCGUCCCAGAAACCGGGGUCACCUAAGAAUGCCCUAGAAGGUCCUUCAGAGACCUGGGAAAGGCUGCCUGCCUGCUCUCCCUCCCAAGCGCAUUAUUUCUUCACAUCUUCCACAAGGCCCCAGGGUUUACCCCUGGGCCAGCAGAAACUGGCCUUGUCACACCACUUAGGGACCCCCAAGAGCUGUGAAGCCCCAAGCUCCUUCCCCUCACUUAAGGCGGAGCCCCAACUCACCUGGUGUUGCUUGAAUAGCAGCCUGGCCCUGCCUGCAGAGCAGCAGAGGGCAGCUCCCAGGGACUUGGCUUCACACUCACCUGAUGGGAGCCUCCAGGGCAAGAGCAGGAAAGUGCUGCCUCCCAAGAGCAGUGGAGGAAGGACCAAGACAAGCCAAGGAGGAGGAGGGACCACGCAGGCACCUGAGCUUCCAUACCCAACAGUCUCAGGGAUGAAGGACCAGGACCAGGUGUCCAGUCCACAGUGGAAGAAAGGACUGUGCCAUAGGAGGGUGAAGAUAUCUCAUGAGAUCAGCAAGAAGAAGAAACUGAGGCUUCAUUCCAAGAGAUAUGAAGGAAGUUUCUGGCAGAGAGCCAAACGACUGUGCAAGCCACCCUGGUUGCCAAGAAGAAGCUGUCUCCCCCACCGACUUGAGGGAUUGGAGCCACGAGGGACCCUUGGGAAGGCUUCAUCAGAAGCGGCAGGUCUGCAUCUGCAAGGAGAGCCAUCCUGUGCCAGCAUAAACCUGACUGUUGGUCAUGGGAGCAAAGAGAAGGAAGGCGACUGUCAACAAUCUUCAGAACCCAUCUCCCUUGGCACAAAAACCGUCUUGGAAAGAGACAGCUUGACUCUACAGGAUGUUUCUCCAUCUGCUGGUGAGCGUAAUGACUGUUCUCAGGAGAAGGAUCAUGGCAAUGGGUCAGGACAAUCUCUGCCAUCCAAUGUGUGCUUGACAAUGUUUCAGGAAGAUCCCCUGCCCCAGGGCAAGGGUUCUGAUGUGGAACCCCCAGGGACUCCACUGCCACCUUCCCAGGAUCAAGUCUCCGUAGUUGCCAGCCUGUGUAUCUCCCCAGAUGAUUCAAAGCUGCCUCCAUCCCUUAGAUCAAAAGGAACAUUUCCCCACCGUGACAUUGCUACCUCUGUGGCAGCCAUCUGUGUUCCUGCGGGGACACGAACAGGACACAGAACACUGGGGGGUCACAGUGUGGAGUCCCAUGUGGAGGAGACACUGGCCCAAAGCUCCCCAGAUAGAAGAGCCAUUCCAGAAAGCAUAGCACAGGCACUCCUGCCUAGGAGACCUUCACCUAGCCCAGUAUCACCUGGAAGAACACGUUUAGAAAUGCUGCCAUCAGGUCCAGGUUCAACUAGUUCACACCAGGAGGAAGUGAGACCCCAGGCAGAUUUUCCCUCCUGGACCCAGUAUGGGCAUGGGGAAGUGAGCGUCCCGUGUGCAGCUUUAGGAAGUGAGAGUAGCACAUAUCACACAGAAGGAUUCAUUAACCCCAAGAGUGUCAUGGCUCCUUCUGACCAAGGACAGCCCUCAGAGGUCUCUGAAGCCCCCUUGAAGUCCAUCUGCAAAAGGAGUUUGGAAGGAAUGAGAAAACAGACUCGGGUGGAGUUGACCGAUACCAGCAGUGAUGAUGAAGACCGACUGGUUAUAGAGGUCUGA